AUGUCAUCAACUCUGUGUGGUUCUUGUAAUUUGGAAAUUUCUGAUUCUAACUACAUUCAGUGUGAACAUUUUUGCAAAAAUAAAUAUCACAAAAAAUGUGCUUGCAUCUCAGAGGCCAGUUUUAAAAUUCUAGUCACCGAUGCAAAUAUGAUGUGGCGAUGUAAUUCUUGUAUUGUGUCGCGGCAAAUUGCAAACGAUUUAUUUAACAAGCUCGAUAAACUCUCCGCAGAAAUCUUAGAGCUCAAAGACCAAAUGAAUUUCUUAAAUAAAUCGCUUAAUACCUCUCCAGUGAAUAAUUCUUCAAAAAAACAUUCUACAAAAAGUUCCUCAAAAAAUAUAAAAAAUGAUACGAAUAUUCCAUCAGCCCAAUGCACUCAGGGUACUUUUAUGCAAUCAUCAUCGAAUAGUGCUCGUGACGGUUCAGAAGAGAAAACCAGCCUUUCUUCUGGAAUAAAUGAAGAGAACGCAACCAACGAGAGUAAGGUUACCCUUUCCCCGGAGAUUGCUCUUGACCACCAGAAAAGUCGACCUACUCGCAAGCAUAUCAUUGGAAACAGUACCUCCACACUGCUUGAAGGUGUUUCUGUUCCCAAAUCUAAAUGGUUACAUUUGUCUUACCUUGGCACAAAUACAUCGCCAGAUUCUCUUACUUCAUUUAUUGCCGGUGUGCUUGACAUCUCACCAAAUCUUAUUAAGUGUACUUUGCUUGUAAAGAAAGGUGCUGACACAUCUGAUUUCUCUUUCAUCAACUUUAAAGCUGCAGUUCCGGAGAACUGCAUUGAUAAGAUUAUGGAUGCUUCGAUUUGGCCUACUGGUGUUCGUGUGAGAGAAUUUAUUCAAUUCCCAAAAAACGACGAGCGAGCGAAACCAAUAAUCUCUUCAUAA